AAUCCCAGCGCUCACACUUGACGUCCUUUACGAUGAAACUAAAGGACAAAUUCCACUCUCCCAAAAUCAAGCGAACACCAUCAAACAAAAAGUCCAAACCACCACCAGAACAACCCGUGAAGUCCCCAGAGAAGACCGUGACCAAGACUCUGAGUCGAUUGGAGGAGCAUGAGAAAGAAGUGGUCAGCGCUUUGCGGUACUUCAAGACGAUUAUUGACAAGAUGGCGGUGGACAAGAAGGUCUUGGAAAUGCUUCCUGGUUCUGCUAGCAAAGUUUUGGAGGCCAUCAUGGGCUUGGUGCAACUUGAUGGCAAGAUACUGGGCAG